GGCUGGGCCGAGUCGUUGUUGUAGUCCGCCGUCUCGACCCGCCCCCGCCCAGCAGCCCUCGUCUCGUCUCCAGAUCCAAAUCCUCCAAAUCGAGAUCACCCACCCACCGGCGAUCCAUCCAUGGAGCUGGAGGCGCCGUCGCCGGCGAGGUACCUGCUGGGCGCGGCGAUCAUGAUGGCCGGCGUCGUGCUCCCGCUCGCCUACAUGAUCUUCCGCAGCAAGCGCUCCUCCUCCUCCUCCGCCGCCUCCGUCUCCUCCAUCGCCUCCGCCGCCCCCUCCUCCUCCUUCUCCAAGCAGACGUAGGUGAACAAGGGCCUCUUCUGAUGGCCCGCGCGCUCGCGUUCCGUCUGGCGCUGUUCUAGCUGCUAGCGCUACCUCCAUCCAUUCUAGGAGUACAAGAAAAGAGAGGAGAUCCCAUCUGUAUCCGCGGUCGGUCUCUGAUGCGGUAGCACAAGUAGUAAAUUCAGUUGUGUGAAUCUGUAUCCGUAGUGUGUCUUGUCUCUAAUCAGUUAAGCAAUUUUUUGGUGAUGAAUUGGAAUGAAAUGAAAGGGGAACAAACUGGUGUGUGCUGCUGCUCAGUCCAUGAGUUUAUUCUUCUUGUUUUUUGUCAAUACCUGUAGUACAACUUUGAUUGAUACCAUUGUGAGCAUGAUCCUGGGGAUGCGACCCUGAACAGUCA